AUGGAGCUGUCGGAUGCCGCCUCGAAUUUGUCGCCGUCCUUGGCAGCACGUGUGGGGCCUAGCAAUAUCCGCUCGCUCAUUCUAGAGAAGGAGAAGGAGCUGCACGACAUCAACGAGUACCGUAUCCGUACGCUGGAGGCACUUCUACGAGACAAAGAGACCGCCGCUACAGCAGCCAAACAAAAGCUGAGCAAGCUUCAGGAAGAUUUUAAGUAUAAUUUAAAGCUCCUGGAGGGCCGAGACGAGGAGUUGGCACUGUAUGACGCCAAUUUUGCCUCGCUUAAGAACGUCUUGCGGGAUCGAGAGGCCGAGUUGAGUGAAAAUAGAGCUAGAGAGGCCGAACUUCAGGCUGAAUUGCAGCGAAUGAAACAAAGAACUGGCGAGCAGGAGGCACAUUACCAGCAGAAGCUCAAAGAUGCCAAAGCUCAGCUGGAGGGCGCGAGGUGGAAAUUUGACGACGAGUUGAGGCGGCAAGAGGACGCGACGGGGACUCUGAGACGCAAUAUCGAAAGGCAGUUACGAGAGAAAGACGAGGAUAUAGAGAACCAGCGACGAGAACUAACAGUGACGUUCGACGACGUCAUGAGACAGAGAGAGACGGAGUUUAAGCGGGCAAUUGACGAGUUGCAGGGUAACUUAAGGGAAUUAGAGCUGAAAAAUAAGGCAAUGACGAGAGAUACAGACGCCCAGCGAGCGAGAGCGGAGGAAUUAAAGACAAAGAACGAGAAUCUCCAGGUAAUGCUGCAGGAGAACGACAAGGAGUUGAAGUCGUUGGAGUGGACGCUAGCGGAUGUGAAAGCUGCGAAGGAUGUCAAAAUCGGGGAAUUGGAGAGCGAAGUGGCCACGCUCAACGAAGUGAAGCAGAAGCUGCUAGAUGAGUAUGAAUCAAAGAUGGCGGAGCUGCUGCAGUCGCUGCAUGCGGUGGAGAAGGCAUUUGUACAGCAGAAGACGCAAUAUGAUGAAGAACUGCAACAGUUCAUGGACCGGAAGAAAAGUGAAGCUCAAGAAGCGAGCACUAGGAGCGAGGCAAAGCUGGAAGCUCUUACUGUGCGGCUACGUGAGAGCGAGGAGAGGGCAGAGGUGCUACAAACUGAGCUGAAACAGGCUAAAUGGGAUGCCGAUGACAGGCUUGUGGAGAAAGAGCGCGAAGUGGAGCGUGUGAGGAGCGUAAUACAGGACCUCGAAGACGAGCAACAUCGUGUAGCAAGCGAGAUGCAAAAGCAACUUCGACAAGGAGACCGUGAGACGCAGACACUUCAAGAAAGACUGCAGGAUGCUCAACGACAGAUAGCGUUACUCAAAGAGAAAGACAAAGCUCAGCGUCAGGAACUGCUGGAGAGUGUGGAGAGGGCGGAAGAUUUACAACGCGAGCUGGUCACAGUUAAUCUUCGGUGGGAAAACCGAUGGCAAGAGCAGCAACAAGAACUGGAUGAACGACACGAACUACGACUCCGGGAGGUGCAACAGGUUAAAGAUCGCUUACUUAGUGAAAAGGAGGCUGUGGAGGAACGUCUAGUUUAUGCUGAGAACGAAGUACAACGACUGCGCUCCGAGCUGUCGACUCUGAGGUCCAGUGCUCGCAUCUCGGAGUCUUUUGGCUCUCAGUAUGUGACAUCAGCCAGACGAAGCGGAGACGUGCGGCAUUCGUCCGAGUCGGCUCCUGUGGCUCCUUCACCGCUGUGGAGUGACGACCCAGGAGUUCUCUCUCCGAUGCCUGCGGUGUCUUCAUUGCUGACGAACAGCCCUCAGCAGCGGCCCAGAACUGAGACCAGCAACAGUACUAACGCGUUAGAGAUGGAGAAUGCAAAGCUGCGGGAUCUGAUUCGACAGAUGAAGGAGUCGCUUGCCCAUCAGGCUGAAGAGAUGGAAGCGUCACCAGACCGAACCAGUGGGAGUCGAAGCGCGUCUAAACUUGCAGUACAGUUGCUGGAAGCUCAAGAGCGCUGCGUUGAGCUUGAGACGAAGCUGAGCGGAAAUGAAGACGCUCUGCAGCUCGAAAGCGUAAAGCAGGAGCUCGCGGAAGCACAGCGAGUUAUUGAAGGUAAAAACACGCGGAUAGCAGAGCUAGAGGCCCAGAUAAAAGAGUUGGAGGGUGCGACUGCAGCAGAGCCAAGCAUACAGAGCGGGCGAGUUGUUCAUGAGGCCCAACUGACGGAGCUGAGGCGCAAACUCGAAGCUGCAAACAGCGACAUUGACCGCCUGGUGAAAGAACGUAGCCAACUUAUGGAACUGAGCAACCAGCUUCGUGCUGAUCUGCGUCGAAGCGGAUCUGGAGACGCUGGAUCGAGAUCGUCGACGCCUCGAGUGGAAUUCGCUGGGAAGAAAGAUUACGAGGAUAUGAUUGCAGACCUUACUCGGUCGUUGGAGGAGGCUCGAGUUCAUAAUAAAACACUCAAGAAGGAGCUACGUCGGAUGGUCAAAGUGCACGUGCAGCUUCAGCAGGAGCGAGAAACUCAGCGUAGACGCAGAUCCAGCACGUUGUCGAUGAUGAAGUCGCUGGAUCCCGGUCCUGCUGAUCUGGACGAGCAGUUGCUGGCUCUAGCACGAAAUAAAAGACCGAUGACGCGGAGGCUGAUUCUUUUCAACGCACCAGACCGAGCAGAGACCGAGGCUUCCAACACAACGAUCGGAAGCUCCAGCGCUAAAGUCACGGAUGCGCGACUGAAGCUGCAGCAAGCUAAGGAAAUGCUCAUGUUGUCGGGUAAGCAGCCACCUGUAGCGGGGUCGCGCGCUAGUCUCUCGACAUUUGCCACUCAAGCUGCAACUGUGGCAACAGCUACGCGAGUGAGUGAUCGCGAGACAAGCAGCCAGCGAUCUGUAGUCAAGAAGCUCAAGCAGCUGCAGUCCAAACGAGCUGAAAUGGUGAGCGAGCGCAAGAAGGUGCGCAACUAUAACCUGGCGUCGUAA